AUGGAACUGAAGCCAGAUUGGGAACCGUUGAUUUUCCAGAAUGCAAAAACAAUCCGAUGUUUGCCAUGGAAAAUUCUGGUUAUUUUCCAUCCUCCUGACACUUCUUCUCUGGGUUUUUUCAUUCAAUGUAACGGAGACAGCGAGUCCCAAACCUGGAGCUGUUCAGCUAAAGCUACAUUGGUCCUUGUUGCUCAGCAGCCGAAUUGCAAGAACAAAGAAAUGAAAAUCCAGCAUACUUUUACCCACAAGGAGAAUGACUGGGGAUUCCAAAACUUCAUCUCAUACGAUGAUCUUUUUAAUCCAGACAAUGGGUUUGUCGCUGUACGUGAUGGAGUUGACAGCAUUUUGCUUCGUGCCCACGUCAAAGCAGAUGCUCCUCAUGGUGCUGAUUGGGAUUCCAAACGACACACAGGCUUCGUUGGAUUGAAAAAUCAAGGUGCAACGUGCUACUUGAAUUCACUGCUUCAGGCAUNGUAUUGCACCAAUAAACUCCGUCGUGCGGUUUUCUUGAUGCCGACUGAAAGUGAUGACGCACAGACAAGUGUCCCACUUGCUUUACAGCGAGUGUUUUAUGAAUUGCAGUUUAGCGACAGAGCCGUCGGCACGAAGAAAUUGACCCGCAGCUUCGGAUGGGCCACAUUAGACUCUUUUAUGCAACACGAUGCACAGGAAUUAUGUCGGGUACUCCUUGAUAAUCUGGAGAACAAAAUGAAGGGUACUUCUGUAGAAGAUGUAAUCCCUGGGUUAUUUUGCGGCAGAAUGCUUUCUUAUAUUCGCUGUUUGAAUGUACGUUACGAAUCGAAACGCGAGGAGAAGUUUUACGAUAUCCAACUCAAAGUUAAUGGAAACAGAACAAUAUAUGAUGCUUUCGAGGAAUACAUUGCUAAGGAAACCUUGACGCAAGAUAAUAAAUAUGACGCGGGCGAAUACGGUCUGCAAGAGGCAGAAAAAGGCGUCAUUUUCAUUCGCUUUCCUCCAGUGUUAUAUCUGCAGUUGAUGCGUUUUCAAUACGACUUUGUUGCCGACACCAACGUGAAGAUAAAUGAUUAUUUCAAGUUUAUGUACACCCUCGAGCUCGACCGAUUCCUUCUUCAACCCGAUCCGAAUUCUCCGGCUAACUACUUCCUGCAUGCCGUCCUCGUACAUUCUGGCGACAAUCACGCUGGGCACUACGUAGUAUACAUCAAUCCGGCUGGUAACAAUGUGUGGUAUCAGUUCGAUGAUGAUGUAGUUUCUCGAUGUUCAAUGCGGGACGCAAUAGACAUGAAUUUCGGUGGAAACGAAGAUCCGGAGAUGCGGCCGUGCACAAACGCUUAUAUGCUGGUUUAUAUCGCCGAAUCAGCGAAAUCCGACGUUUUGUGUAGAGUUCCCAGUUCAGUCAUUCCGGAGAGUUUGAAAGAGCGCUUUUUAGAAGAGCAAAAUUUGGAAGAAGCUAAACGGCUGGAAAAGGAACGCGGUCAUCUGUAUAUGGUGGUGUACCUGGUACUGGAGGAGGAUUUCUAUGGAUGGCAAGUAGGUUUCUGUUUAUUACCGUUCGCUUUGUACAAUUAA